AUGUAUCUCCGAACAGUGCACGCAGAGCCCUCCAUUAAAGCUCUAUUCGAAUUUGUCAAGGAGAAUCCUCUGGGUAUCCUGACAACUGCCAUAGCAUCCCCUCACUUUCCUUUCCUACAAUCAAGCCAUAUCCCCUGGGUGCUAGAUACCAUUAGCGACGACCCUGAUGCACCAGUGAAAGGUCGCCUUCGGGGCCAUUUGGCGAGACAAAAUCCCCAGUCGAAAGCAUUGAUAGAGGCCGCUUCCAACUCUUCAACAGGGUCAUUUGAACAUGAUGUCAUGGUUCUAUUCACCAGUCCUUAUCAUCAUUAUGUGACUCCGAAAUUUUACACUGAGACCAAACCAGCCACUGCCAAGGUCGUGCCGACAUGGAACUAUGCGGCUGUCCAGGUUUACGGCAAGGCUACUAUCUAUCAUGACUCUUCUUCGCUGGAGACUUCCCUGUACCUCUCACAACAGAUUGAUGACCUGUCCAAGGAAUGCGAAACCUCUAUUAUGGGACAUUCUGGCCACGAAGGGAAGCCGGAGCCGUGGAGCGUCUCUGAUGCCCCAGAUCGGUAUAUUGAUAUAAUGAAGAAAAACAUUAUUGGCAUCGAGGUGUCAAUUGAAAGCAUCGGGGGCAAAUUUAAGAUGAGUCAAGAGAUGGGGGAAGGUGAUCGCAAGGGCGUGAUUGAAGGGUUUCAAGGUCUCGAGUCGGACACUGGAGCGCACCUGGCCGAUAUGGUGAAGAUGCGCGGAGACAUGAAAGAUGCAGAGAAGAAGACUGGGUGA